UGUCUGCCAUACAAAGUUUCUCACUCUUCUCCAAAACCAACAGCAUACAACUAGCUAACGCAAAGUAAGCGAAGCUUAGCUGGUAUAUCAUAAUGAAAGGAAUGCGCUGCUUCCUUGUUGCUUUUACCCUCUUGGCUUUUGCUAACUCAUUAGCAUCGGCCUUUGACCCUAGUCCUCUCCAGGACUUUUGUGUGGCUAUCAACGACACCAAGAAUGGCGUGUUUGUAAAUGGGAAGUUCUGCAAGGACCCCAAGCUCGCAGUAGCAGAUGACUUCUUCUAUUCAGGCCUCAACAUGCCAGGAAACACAUCAAAUCCAGUUGGAUCAAAUGUCACUACUGUCAAUGUUGACCAAAUACCAGGACUUAACACCCUUGGCAUAUCUCUGGUUCGAAUUGACUAUGCACCUUAUGGUGGCCUAAACCCCCCUCACACCCACCCCCGAGGCACUGAAAUCCUAGUGGUCGUGGAGGGCACACUCUAUGUUGGUUUUGUUACAUCCAACCCAGAGAACCGUCUCUUCACUAAAGUCCUAUACCCUGGAGAUGUUUUUGUUUUCCCAAUUGGUUUGAUCCACUUCCAGUUCAAUAUAGGGAAAACUGAGGCUGUCGCCUUUGCUGGUCUCAGCAGCCAAAAUGCAGGGGUUAUAACUAUUGCUAAUGCAGUCUUUGGCUCAGACCCACCAAUCAACCCCGAUGUUCUCACAAAGGCCUUCCAGUUGGACAAGAGUAUGGUUGCCUAUCUUCAGUCCCGGUUCUGGUCAGAUUAAAAACUAAUUUAAGAGCCAAAUCAAAACCCAAAAGUUUGUUGCUUGUUUUGAAUAAUGCUGCAAUUCAUUUUCUAAAUGAAAGUCAUAUUAUUCUACUUACUGUAAUACAAUAAACAGGCUGAUGGACCUCUCCAGUCUCCUCUGUCCUUGUGAUCAUUCUGGGUAUAAAAAUCAGAACAUAUAUUGCAAUUUGCAA